AUGCCGCCUCGAGGAAAUGGGAUGACAAUGAAGCGGAUCCACCGCGAGAUCGCCGAUCUCAAGAAGGAGGACCUCGGAAACAUCUCCCUCGCGCCAAAGUCGGACGACGACCCGUUUGUAUGGACGGCGUUGAUACCCGGACCAGAGGGAAGCGUCUACGAGGGGGGUGUAUACGAGGCUGAGGUCACACUGCCCGUUGAUUAUCCGUUCACCGCGCCGAAAGUGCAAUUCAUAACAAGGAUAUAUCACAUGAAUAUAAACGAGCGUGGCAAUAUCUGCAUCGAUAUUCUCAAGCACAACUGGUCCCCCGCCCUUUCCGUCUUCAAAGUCAUUCUCUCGCUUUCCUCUCUACUCACGGACCCCAAUCCAAAUGACCCGCUCGUCCCAUCUAUCGCCUCCGAGUAUCUCAAGAAACGUGCAACACACGAUGAGACCGCGCGAAAAUGGGUCCAACUCUACGCGCUUCCCCAGCCGAAGCCUGUCCAGCCACCCGCACCGCCUAAACCGAAAGCGGUUGCGGCUCUGAAUACAGCCCGCGCCGUCUCAUCCACACCGGCGCCUUCGUCUUCGCGUUCAUCCCGUCCGGCCACUCCUCGAGCUUCUUCCUCUAUACCGCUCACCAGGUCGCCCGCAAGGCCGAGGGUGCAGAGUCGGACAGGUAGCGCUGCCUCUACGCCCAUCGAGAUCGAUGAUUCAGAUGACGACGAGGUUGAAGUGGUUGUUUCCGAAGGCGCAAGUGUGGGCGCCGGUCAUAAGCGGCGGAGAAGCGGGGACAGUGCUGACGAGCCUGCGAGAAAGAGGGGACCGGGAGCGGGGAGCGCAGGAGGUGCUGGACGCUUGCAGGGGGAUGUCGUUGUGAUUGACGAUUGA